ACAAAAAGCAACAUUUCAAAGCAGCUGAAAACCCCGCAUCUGGCUGCGUUGCGAACAGCCGCUUCUUUCGGUUUCACUGAUCACUACACAACUUGGCGGAGAGCCAAGCAAUGCGGUUGGUCACGAUACGGGGGAACUAUGAGGAACAUAAAAAAGACUUUCCACCGCCAUGGAAAAUCUGCCACAAAGCCAAUGAGACGAGGCGAUCAUCUCUUUGAGACCCCGAUACAGCAAGACAAUGGUCUCUUGCCUACUACGGCCCAGCAAGCCAGUGAUCUUUAUCAUGCCCUUCUGGGACCAAUCAGCCGUUCCUCCCAUACUGCAUAUCAAAAGAUUGACGUGACAAAGAAGAAGACUUUCGAGAAAACCACGCAUUCUGUUCAGGAAACCCAUCGAAAACAACAUUCUACAGGCCAGUCAGCGGAUCGCUUUACUAUCACUGCCGAGGGCAUAAAGCUUGCAGCAAGCAUUGCGUAUGCCGGUCCCACUGAAGGAACUCCAUUGGCCGAUUCAGAUUUCGCAACUGCAGUGAGCAGCUCUAUGAAGAUUCCUAGUGCAAGAGAAGUCGUGUAUAGAGAGCUGCAAGGUGCAAAUGAUUUUCGGCUUAUAGAGGUGUCUCCGGAGAGUGGACAAGGUUUAGAGUGCAAGAUGGUCUAUAGUUCGCUUCGCCAUCCACCAGAUUAUAUUGCAAUUUCUUAUGCAUGGGGGGAUGGCUUUGAUAAGAGACAGAUAAAUUUGGAAGGCGUUGAACGCGUUUCAGUCAACUCGAAUCUUUACGAUGCCCUAAUGGCUGUCCGCGAACCAGACCGCGCCAUUCUUGUUUGGAUAGACGGCCUCUCAAUUGACCAGGAGAACAAAAUGGAACGCGCGAAGCAGGUUCAGUUGAUGGACAGAAUUUAUCGACAGGCGACAUGUGUUGCCAUUUGGCUUGGACGUGAAGCGGAUGAUAGUGGGCGGGCAAUACGACUAUUAAAGGAUUCGGUGGCCCACGCGAAGAGCGAAUGGACCGGCCUUUUGGAGCAUCGCGACUUUAAAGCCUUGCACUCUCUAUUCAGGAGGAACUAUUGGAGUCGGCUUUGGGUUGUACAGGAAGUAUUUCAUGCGAAGAGCAAGAAAGUCUACUGCGGCUCUUCCAAACUCCCCUGGUACCUAUAUAAGAAGGCAUCAGAUGCUCUUUGGCAACACGAAAGCGACCCUUACCUCUGGACAGGACCAAGUAGCUUUCCAGACGUUCAACGUCUCAUGGUGUUGGGCCCAAACUCUCUGCUAGAAGUUUUACGAGCUUGCCGAAGGAAGCUAAGCGAGAACCCAAGGGAUAAGAUAUUCGGUGUGCUAGGCAUACUCCCAAGCGAUAUACGCGAACGCCUACAUGUGAGCUAUGACAAAUCUGUCAAGUCUCUAUACCUGGAAGUCGCCCGACUCAUCAUCUGUUCCACGCAUCGCCUUGAUGUGAUGCGCGAAGCGAUUCACUUUCCUGUUCAGGUCAGCUUUACCGACUUGCCUACAUGGUGUCCAAAUUGGGCACAGGUUCCAGAAAACUCGGCUCUGUCUUCGGAUAACUUCUCGGCGGCAAGCGACCGCGACGCUGAAUACGAGUUCAAGGAUGGAUUACGGAAGCUUGAGAUCUCUGCCAUCGAAUUGGAUAUUAUCGCUACGACUGGUGUGGCGGUAGGCACUCUUUGCUCGUUACAAGACUAUCUCAUGGCCUUUCUGAAUUGGCGGGUGCUGCUUCUCUCUCAUUUCGACAUUACGGAAGACGAAGAGGCGGACCAUCCGCGUGUAAAUGACUUCUGCAAAACGCUCUCAUUAGGUCAGCCACUCGAAGAACUAGAGCACUGCUGGACGAGGGCCUGCUAUUAUACCUUCUCUUCAUGGAUCCAGGAGCGAUUCCCACGUCUGAAGCUGGACCCCAAGUUCCAACACCAAGGGGAGUCAGAUAACUUGCAACCCCAUGAGCUACGGUCAUUCAUACAGAAGCAUUUUGGUGAUAGAAUGAUGGGUAGAACAUUUUGCAUCACGAGAGACGGCUUGAUGGGUAUGGGGACAGGUUUCAUGAGCCGCGAAGACAUCGUCGUCGUGCCAUUUGGUUGUUCAACGCCCAUCAUACUCCGCGCGGAGGGUAAAAGCAAUGAGUAUCGUUAUGUUGGAGACGUUUAUAUCCACGGUUAUAUGCAUGGCGAAGCCCUCGCGAGCGACAAGCCAGUGAAAAGGUACAGUCUGCGCUGAAACGUCGAUAGCUUCUCAGAUCUUC